CAUAGCAGGCAAGCAGGCGCAUGCAAACAGACAGGCAACCACACCUGGAGGGAGCCAAGGCAAGGCUCGAGGACUCUUUCCAAGAAGCUUGGGAACCUCUCCCAUACUGAGACUGGUCGGAAUCGGGAGCAUUUGUGCACAGAUGGGAGAGCCUGUGUAUGCAGCAGGAGCCGCAGACUCUAGAAGGGACAUGGCUGGGAACCAAGGUGCUGUGGGAGCCGCGGAUUACUGUGCAGACACGGCCAAGUCCAAGAACCACACCACACACAACCAGUCCCGCAAAAGGCACAGAAAUGGCAUCAAGAAACCCCAGUCACAAAGAUAUGAAUCUCUUAAGGGGGUUGACCCCAAGUUCCUGAGGAACAUGCGCUUUGCCAAGAAGCACAACAAGAAAGGCCUGACUAAGAUGCAGGUCAACAAUGCAAAGGCAGUGAGUGCGUGCGCAGAGGCCAUCAAGGUCCUGGUGAAGCCUCAGGCCAUCAAGCCCAAGAUGCCAAAGGGAAGAAGCCACAAACUCAGCUGUCUGGCUUUCAUCGCUCACCCCAAGCUUGGGAAGCAGAUUCGAAGCUACAUGGCCAAGGGUCAGAGGCUCUGCCAACCAAAGCCUUAGGUUCAAACCAAGGCAGAGGCCAAAGCUUCAGCUAAGACCCAGGCUUCAGUUCCAGCCCAGGAUCCCAAAGGUGCUCAGGCCCCUGUGAAGGCCCCAUAGAAAAGGCUCCUGCCAGUGUGAAGACAGACAGACUGCUGUGACAUACCUACCCUCACACUAUU